AACUGUAGUAGCUCAACGAACAUGGCUUGCAAAAAUCUCGCCUUCAUCAUCGUCAGCCUCGUCUUGCUGGUGGCGGCUUUAGCAGCACCUGCUGAAAAACAACAGCCCGCCGAAGCAGAACCAGCACCACAGAAGGAAGACCUGGUCUCCGCGUCCGAGGAUCUCAAGCCAGCAGCCUCGCACUGGGGCGGCGGCUGGGGCGGCUGGGGCGGCUUGGGCGGCCACUGGGGCGGCCACUACGGCGGCUACUACCCCUAUUAUGGCAGCUACUGGGGCGGCUGGCCUAGCUACGGCUACGGCGGCUAUGGCGGCUACGGCGGCUACUGGCCGUACGGCGGCUACUACGGCCACCACGGUGGCUACUGGUGGUAACCACGAAAAACUAACAUAGAUCAAUGCCAGUAUUAAUUUUACACGAAACGGAUUCAGUUUUGGCUUUAGGUCGAGAUUUUAUAUUAGUUAAUGUAACUGGAUAAUCAUUGUACUACGUUAUUUUAUGAACCUCUACAUAGUUCUGUGAUUUCGUUUGUAUUUCUUACAUAUCAACAGUACUGAUGCAUUUUUAUGAUACUCUUAAUCACCUUUCUCUGAUCAUACACACAUCUCGACCAAAAAGCUCAAUAAGCUUGCCUUAGCUUAAAGUAUAUGUAUAUAGGAGUAAUAUUACUGACUUAAUUACACACCAUAGCAAUAACACAGUAUUGGCGAAUUCCCUCACGUAUUCGCUGACACCUGCGUCAAACAUUAUUACUGUUAGAUUAGAUAAUGCGUUUUUGGCAAGUUGAGUAUGACAGGAAUAGCUAAUGACCGUCAGGGUGCUUGGGAGAGGGGGCAGGAUGUGUAAAAACCAAAUGAUGGCACGUGAAGACAUGGCAUGAUCCCAAGCGAAUAACAAUGCCAUAAUGAUGGCAUUGAAGUG